CUCGCAAUUUCUCUCGUACUGGGUUUGUUGAAUUUGAUCGGUGGUAAUCGGAAAGUAAAUUACGUUGAAGCUCUCAGUGUAGAGGAUUCGGGAGGUUAACGUUGAACUGAAUAAUGGAAGGGGAAGAGCUGCAACGUCAUCAGAAUGGUUCUUCUGUUCAUAACCAGACAAUUAGUUAUGGUUAUGGAAGCUCGCUUUCCUACGAUCAAUCUCAAGACAUUGAAUCUGCCGCAAGCAAUGCUCUUCUCCGAGAACAAGAAAUUGAAACGCAGAAGAUUAUACAAGGUCAAAGAGAAGCUGGGUCUUCAGUAGCUGGUGACUCUGAGCAUAACACUGAUAUUCUUCGAUAUCGUACUGACCCCAAUGCUCUGAAGGAACAUUUGCUAAAGUUCACUGCAAAUCAUAGAGCAGAAACAGCUGCAAAGCGUGGUGGGAGUGUGAGUACAUGCGGAGAAGGUAAUGUGGAUGUUGGAAACGGUUAUGGUAUUCCGGGUGGAGUUGCCUACGCGGGUCACUCCGAGCUCAGUGGGAAGCCUGAACCUAUUAAUGCUUCAAACAAUUUGCCUGAAUAUCUCAAACAAAAAUUGAAGGCCAGGGGAAUUCUUAGAGAUGGUACAGGGGCGGCUACAUCCAACACACAAGAUACAUCAGCGGUUAGUUGGAAUAGACAGGCAAAUUUACCUUUUCCGACAAAUGCAAGCACCUUACCAUUAGGAUGGGUAGAUGCGAAAGAUCCUGCUAGUGGUGCUACAUAUUACUAUAACCAACAUACCGGAACAUGCCAGUGGGAAAGGCCUCUUGAGCUAUCUUCCACCACACCAUCUUUGCCUCCUAAAGAAGAUUGGAUUGAAACACUUGAUGAAACCUCUGGCCGUAAGUAUUACUACAAUACUAGGACACAUAUGUCGCAGUGGGAACUUCCAAGUUCUUUUCAGAAGCCCGCUUCCACAAACUCUAACAACGCUGUCACGAAAAGUACUGCUACUGGGAACGGCGAGCAUCCUCCAGAUCAGCUGCCUAGAUGCUAUGGAUGUGGAGGCUGGGGAGUAGGCCUUGUACAAAACUGGGGUUAUUGUGUUCACUGUACCAGAGUUCUCAAUCUCCCAGAACGUCAAUACUUGCCAGCAAGUUUAAACAACCUCAAAAAAGCUGGAGAUUCUGUCCAAAAGGAUCCAAAUCAGAGCAGGUCCAGUUCAAAACCUCCCAUAAAAAAGGGAUUAGGCAAAAAACGUGCUCAUGCCGAGGACGAUGAGUUGGAUCCAAUGGACCCAAGCUCUUACUCAGAUGCUCCACGGGGUGGCUGGGUUGUUGGACUGAAAGGAGUACAACCAAGAGCCGCUGAUACAACUGCCACGGGUCCUCUGUUUCAACAGAGACCAUAUCCAUCACCUGGAGCUGUUCUGAGGAGAAACGCAGAGGUGGCAUCAUCGCAGAAGAAGAAACCAAACUCUCAAUUUACGGAAAUCACAAAGAGAGGCGAUGGAAGUGAUGGUCUUGGGGAUGCAGAUUGAGAGCACGACUCAUUGUUUAAGAUGGAUUUUACCUGUCUUCUUCUGCUUUGUCUCUAUCUUUCUCCAGAUAUGAUGUGGAGAGUAGGCUGUUUACUAGUUAAUGAACACGAGCGGUAAUCAAUGUGAAUUUAAGCACAGGGUUCAGUGUUAUAUGUAUACAUAUAAUCACCAUCAAUUACUUCAGUAUCUUCCAUCUUCAA